AGCGCGGCGCCGAAGUGUACAACAGCAGAAGUCUUCAAUAUAACGGAUGAAAAUUACUUACACACCACAAAAACAAAAAUAAAUACAAAUAAAAAAAGAAAUAAAUAAAAUUAAAUAAAAGCAGUUACAUUUUCCAUACAUUCAUGCAUAUGUAUGUGUUAGAGAGCGAAUUCAAUUGUCAAUUGUCAAAGUUAACUCUGAUUCUACAAACGCAACAAAAAGCAAGCGAUUAAAAAUAAAUCUUGUACAACACGCAAAUUGAAAGUGCAAUAAGAAGCAGGAGAAAACGUCAAACGCGGUUGAAAGUUCAAGUUGACGCAAGAAGUGUUUGAAAAAGGAAAUAGCUAAAAAUAAAAUCAACAUUUCAAUAGAUAUAUAGAUAUCAAUAUAGAUAUACAUAUAUUCACAACUCUUCGGUAUUGGAGGAGCUUGCAAAACCGCGCGCGUUUAAUCAACAUUUUUAGCAAUCAAUUUUUGUCGCCCCCUCUCCCCAAAAAAGUUUUGAGGAGUCUCGUGUGUUACGUUCUUCGUUUUCAAGUGAGUGUCACCCAUCAAAGCCCACAAACACCUAACACACCAUCACACACAGCCACAAGAACCACAACAACAACCGAGCACACACACAUACAUACAACACAGAUACAGAUAUACACACAGACAGACGCACAACAACGUUAGUGUGCAACGCAUCACAUAUUGCUUGUCCACUAAACUAAAUUGUGAAUUGUGAAUUAGGCUGCGGCCAGAAAGUAAACGUCAAGAUUCUAUCGAAAAAAACACUGCUCAGCACGACGGAGGCUUCGCUCAACUAUAACACGGCGACCACAAUGCCCUAUAACGGUGCUAGCAACGGCAGCGGUGGAGUUGGCGGUGCCGUAGCAGGCAGCAGCGUAAGCGGUGGCGGGGCCACCAUCGUCGUCAGCGAGGGACCCCAGAACAAAAAGAUACGCACAGGCGUUCAGGCCGGAGAAAACGACGUCACCAUGCAUUCACGGUCCACACAAAAUCAGAGUCAGCAGCAAGCACUACUGAACAAGUCAAACGACGACCUAAGGAGAAAGCGUCCUGAGACUACACGGCCAAAUCACAUUCUACUCUUCACUAUCAUAAAUCCUUUCUAUCCCAUCACAGUUGAUGUCUUGCAUAAAAUUUGCAAUCCACAUGGCCAAGUGCUGCGCAUUGUCAUCUUCAAAAAGAACGGCGUUCAGGCCAUGGUUGAAUUUGAUAGCCUUGAUGCGGCUACACGUGCACGCGAGAAUCUCAAUGGAGCCGACAUCUAUGCCGGAUGCUGCACUCUCAAAAUUGACUUUGCCAAGCCGGAGAAAUUGAAUGUUUAUAAGAACGAGACAGACACUAGCUGGGACUAUACCCUGAGCACAGGUGAGAUUCAACCAAUUGCAACAAUCCAAACACAACAUCGCAACAACCACCACCACCACCACAACAACCACCACCACCAACAACACCAACAUCAUCACCACCAACAACACCAACAACUUGUUGCCCCAGCUCAAACGCACAAUCUUGUUCCAUUUAAAGAGCCUCCACUAUUGGGACCAGGCACCGCCUUCCCACCAUUCGGGGCACCCGAAUACCAUCCCACCCAGCCGGACAACUGGAAGGGCGCCGCCAUCCAUCCAACUGGCCUCAUGAAGGAGCCCACCGGUGUCGUCGCCGGACGCAAUGCGCCAGUCGCCUUCGCCCAGCAGGGGCAGGCACAGGGCGCUGUCAUGAUGGUCUAUGGCAUGGACCAUGACACUUCCAACACAGAUAAGCUCUUCAAUUUGGUCUGUCUCUAUGGCAAUGUUGCCCGGAUCAAGUUCUUGAAGACAAAGGAAGGCACCGCCAUGGUACAAAUGGGCGAUUCGGUUGCCGUUGAACGUUGCGUGCAGCACUUGAAUAACAUUCCCGUUGGCACUGGCGGCAAAAUACAGAUUGCAUUCUCAAAGCAGAACUUCCUAUCGGAGGUGAUCAAUCCAUUCUUGUUGCCGGAUCAUACACCCAGCUUCAAGGAGUACACCGGCUCCAAAAACAAUCGUUUCCUAUCACCGGCACAGGCCAGCAAGAAUCGCAUUCAACCACCGAGCAAAAUCUUGCACUUCUUCAACACACCGCCCGGUCUCACCGAAGACCAGCUCAUUGGCAUAUUCAACAUUAAGGAGGUGCCAGCCACAUCCGUGCGCCUCUUCCCCUUGAAGACAGAGCGCUCCUCCUCGGGCCUGAUCGAGUUCCCCAACAUUUCGCAGGCCGUGCUCGCCAUCAUGAAGUGCAACCAUCUGCCUAUUGAGGGUAAAGGCACUAAAUUCCCCUUCAUCAUGAAGCUGUGCUUCUCCUCGUCGAAGAGCAUGAACGGGGCCUGGAACAAUGCGGCCAACGAGGGCAUGAUCGAGAAGGAGAAUGACGGCGAUGUCAAGGUGGAGAUUUACAAUUGAGAUUUGAUUACCAUUGUGUAAGCAGCCAACAACAACCAGCUAAACGACACAACAACUACAACUAAAACAGCAAACCAACACAAAUAAACAGUUCAGGAGGCGUAGAAUUUAUUAUGGAGCAUAUUGGAACGCGAUGGGAAGAGAAGCAGCCCCAUACAUCGGCAACAACAACAACAAUAUGAAUAUUGAACACAUAAAUAUAUAUAAAAAUAUCUUGAUGGAACGAACAACUAAACUGAGAGUAGUCAA